GUGUAUACAGAGCAAGCGGAAGUCAGGGAGAUCCUAAUAGAAGUCCGUCAAAAUCCACUGUCAUCCUACUAGAUACACGGCUUAUUUUUCAUUUUUUACCUAAUCCGUAAACACAAAAACGUUUUUAUGACCACUAUCGACAAAUCGUUUGGUGCUUCUUUUGAUCCAUUCAAGGAAGCAUCAACAGAUGAUGGUAAUGCCGGUGUUCAAGAAAACUUAAUUCACAUCCGAAUCCAGCAGAGAAAUGGAAGGAAAACCCUGACAACAGUACAGGGAAUUUCAACAGACUAUGACCUGAAAAAAAUUGUCAAAGCUUGUAAAAAGGAAUUUGCCUGUAAUGGUACAGUGGUGGAACAUCCAGAAUAUGGUGAGGUCAUUCAGCUACAGGGAGAUCAAAGAAAUCGUAUUCGAGACUUCCUCAGAGAAAUUGGAAUUGCGAGGGAAGAACAGCUCAAGGUUCACGGUUUCUAAGUAAACAUCCUUCCUUCAAAAUUGCUCUCAGCCUUCAUCAUCCUUCUUGUUUAGUGGAUUUCAUCUUGUUCCUCUGAAGUACAAGUUGAUACACAAAUGUGUUUGAAUGUUUUCAUCAUAGUGAUGUGCAGAAGUCAGUUUGCUACUGACACUUGCAAAAGCAUUAUUUAUUUAGGACGUUACUCUAACAAAACAGGAAAUCUGGUUGUAUAAUCCACAAGACAAUGUAUGGUUGAAUUUUUAUAACUGGUCACUGUUUUCAUUUCAUGUAAAUAUUUGCAUAAUUUCAUGAAUAAACAUUUUUAAUAAUUGAUAAA